AUCUGCAGCACUAGCAGAAGCAGCAGUACGAUCAGCAUCUCCCGGAUAUUUCCUGGGUGCAUGACCAAACGCCUCACAAAUCUCGACUACCCCACCCCUUGUGACAAAAUGGCCUACAGGCCUCAUCCGUGCAUACAAAGUCUUAGUGAAGUCUGCAACCACAUUACAAAAUAUAUCAUUGAUGUGAAACUGUUUGAAUUAUGUGUCUCAAACCCGGGCGUAGAUAUGUUCCUAUUAUGAGAAAGCUUGUGUUCAUGUAACUGCUCUCUUAUGCAUGACGCAAAUAGUAAGGGAUCAGCGCUAAACGAGGCCACGCAUUGUCUGUCCCCCGCCCUCCCUCUGCUUGUCGGGAAGCAAGCUGAUUGGCCGAGGCCUAGCAAAGGGUGCCCGGGGAUCCAAAACUGCAGGCCGCACUUAGCUUACCGUCAAAAAUAAACAAUAACAGACAAAACUGAGAAGGGGGAGAAACACCGAUAGAGUCAGAAGACGACGCUAUCAGGUAAAAUUAAUUUAAGUCGGUUAGAAAGGCAUGCGGAAUAAGACGCAAGGGUCUAGUCGGCCGUAGCGGGCCUCUUUCAGCCCUUUGGAAAAACAACAUGGAAGAUAAUGCGGCACGAGCGGCUUCACCUAGCUUAGCAUGCUAGCUAGCCGAUCGGCCGACCGUCGUGACGCAAAACAGAGCGGCAAUGCAAGAUAAAGGAUCAAAUAAGGCAUAGUGGGUUGUGGCUUGUGGUAAUAGCUGUAUUAGUGAAUUAACGAAGAGAUUGCUUUGGUUGUAUAAUAUCGGUUGUUGCGUUCCUUGAAUUAGCAGUUAUGCUAAAACAAAAUGGCGCUGACAGGAACAGCUCUAGCUCGCUUGCUAGUUAGCUCUGGUGGGUGGAGGGCGGUAGCCGCCUAAGUUUGCAUUGCAUAAGGUCUGCGGUACUUUCAUUGGCGGCCAUAAACUCGGAGCAUGUGUAGUUUCAUGCAGAGUCUCGAGUACGGUGUUGUUUUUAAACUAAAAAAGUGGCAGCACCGUAUGACUUGCACCGUAAUGCAAUAUAUCCAUGGGACCGUUAUCGUCACUGCAGAUAUUUGCAGGCAGUUACAUAUUUGGCUCAUUUGGAGCUGUCAUGUGACGGCAAUGCACAUCCUCUCCUAAAAACAUGCAGGACUCAUCUUUUAGGAGCAAUCAGACCCGCUGUCUGCGAGCUCAUCCUCCUGCACACUGAGCGGGACAGCUCUUUGUCUCGGCUGGGCUGCAGCCAUCAGACUCAACCAGCUCCAGGUGUCUGGCUAUAUAUCCUCAGGUUGAAGCUGCCUGUAGUACUCUUCAUAAGCAAUGGAUGGAGCCACUGGUCAACAACAAAACUGCCCCCAUUCUCAGUGGCAACGGACAGAGUUCUUCUGCCUUGUGUUUGAAGGUUUCUCAUACAGAGACCACUAUUUAUGGUGGCACCAGUGUCCUUAUUAUAAACCUGAGCCUCUGUAGAAAUUCUGUGUGUAGUAAUGGUUCUACAACACUUAAGUGUUGUAGAACUAUUACUACACACAGAAGUCAAGUUGCAAGAAGUCACAACCUAACUUCUCUCUCAUGCAGUGCAAUGCUUAAGAGUAAAAAAAAUAUUUUUGUUUUCUUUGUCAGGGGGAUUUAUUAUUUUACCUUGAUGGAAUGAAGGACAUCAACUAUCCUAUUGGUUGUAUUCCAAGGGUUUUGUCAUCAAAUGUGACGUAUUUUCCACAGUGAAGACAUGGAUCAAGGAGGAGGGGUGUUGGAGCUGCACACUCAGGAGCUCAAGAUGCCCCACGCUAUGAUCAUGCAAGAUUUUGUUGCAGGAAUGGGGGGUCUGGCUCACAUUGAUGGCGAGCACAUUGUGGUGUCUGUGCCCGAGGGUAUGCUUCUCUCUGAUGUGAUGACGGACGAGGGCAUCCUCCUGGAGCACGAACUUGAGGUGGAAGGCCUAGAGACUCAGGUGGUUCAAGGCAUAGAGACUGAGGUGGUCGAAGAACUGGAGACUGAGGUGGUGGACAGCUUACAUGCAGAUGUUCACUGCUUGGAGGCAGAAGUGGUGGAUGAGCUACAGACACAGGUGGUUGAGCUGGAGGCUCAUAUUGUCGAAGACCUAGAGGGUGAGGUGGAAGUGGUGGGUCUGGAGGCGCAUGUGGUGGAGGGCCUGGUAACUGAGGUGGAUGUUGAGGACCUAGAAGCUCACGUUGUCGAGGGCCUUGAGGAAGAGGUGGAAGUGGAAGGUUUGGAAGCUGAGGUUGUUGAUGGCCUGGAGAUAGACGUUGAAAGUAUGCAGUCUCAGGGCGUAGAAGCCCAUGAAAUGACCACUGAAGACAUGGUGUCCUCGGAACACAGUGUGAUCAUGCCUGAGAAUAUUCUGGGCACAGAGGUUGCAAUAGAGGAAGAUCUGGACCCCCAUCAUCAUCACCAUCAUCACCACCACCAUCAUCAUCAUCAUGUCCUAACUUCAGACCUCAUCCAGGACUCAAACCACCACCAUGAUAACAUGCCAGACCAGGUGUUUGUGGCGAGGCUACUGUCUGAGCACCAGGACAACACUUUGGACCACCAGCUUGUGUCAGAAGGCUUAAUGGUGACCGAGGCCAACUCCGAGACCAUAAUCCACCAACAACUGCCAGCUGAGGCUGUUCACCUGCAGACAGAUGACGAGGAGGAGGAGGAGGAGGAGGAAGAUGACGAUGAUGAUGAUGCAAGAAGCAGCUCUGAGGAUUACCUCAUGAUCUCCUUGGAUGAGGUGGGAGAGAAGCUGGACAUAGGAGAUACUCCCCUGGAGAUCAGCACUGAGGUAAUGGACGACAAGGAAUGUAAAGAGGAGGACGGCUCCGAGGUCAUCAAAGUCUACAUUUUCAAAGCUGAAGCGGAUGACGAUUUAGGUGGAACAGAGGUAAUAACUGAGGAUGAUUACCAAAACGGCCAUCCUGACCUGGAAGCUGCAUCAUCAGGCAGACUGGGAGUUGGCCGUGACAAGAUGGUCUACAUGGCAGUCAAGAACCAUCCAAAAGAAGAAGAGGACGAUGAGGACGACAGUGAUGAAGAUGAGGAUGAUGACAUUAGUAAUACCAUUGAUCAGGUGAAGAAUGGAGCUGCUACACCAUAUCUUCAAAUCCGAGAGGGGCUGGGUGCCAACCGUGUCCUCAAACCCAAAGCUAAGAAAAAGAGGAAAGGCGAUACACGACAGUGUCAGACUGCUGUUAUAAUUGGACCAGACGGUAUGCCUUUGACAGUCUACCCCUGCCACUUGUGUGGAAAGAAAUUUCGCUCAAGAGGCUUCCUCAAAUGCCACAUGAAGAACCACCCGGACCACCUGCUUAAAAAGAAGUACCAAUGUACAGACUGCGACUUUACCACCAACAAGAAGGUCAGUUUCCAUAAUCACUUGGAGAGUCACAAGCUGCUGAGUCACAACAAUGAGCGCUCUUCAGAAUACAGCGAGUACACACGCCGCUACCACGAGUCCAGCCCCCUGGGCUCUGAUAAGCUGAUCGUCAAGGACCGAGAGCCCAAACUGCAUCACUGCAAGUACUGCGAUUAUGAGACGGCUGAACAAGGCCUACUAAACCGUCACCUGCUGGCUGUACACAGCAAGAACUUUGCACAUGUGUGUGUCGAGUGCGCCAAAGGCUUCCGCCAUCCAUCGGAGCUUAAGAAGCACAUGCGGACCCACACAGGGGAGAAGCCCUACCACUGCCCGCACUGCGAGUUCCGCUGUGCAGAUCAGUCCAACCUUAAGACUCACAUAAAGAGCAAGCACGGCGCAGAUCUGCCUUUCAAGUGCAGUCACUGUCCCCAAGCUUACGCUGAUGCACGGGAACUCCAACGUCAUAUCGAGAUGGUGCAAGGCCACAAGACCCAUCAGUGUCCACACUGUGAGCACAAGAGCACAAACUCCAGUGACCUGAAACGACACAUCAUCUCUGUUCACACCAAGGACUUCCCCCAUCAAUGUGAUGUGUGUGAGAAAGGCUUUCACAGGCCUUCGGAGUUGAAAAAACACGCAGAGACACACAAGGGCAACAAGGUGCACCAGUGCCGUCAUUGUAACUUCAACGCUUCCGACACCUUCACUUUGAGUCGCCAUAUCCUGUCCUUGCAUACAAAGGACCUCCCCUUUAAGUGCAAGCGCUGCCGGCGAGGCUUCCGGCAGCCCGCUGAGCUGAAGAAGCACAUGAAGACGCACAGCGGUAGAAAAGUUUAUCAGUGCCAGUAUUGUGAGUAUAACAGUACGGACGCUUCUGGCUUCAAGCGCCAUGUCAUCUCCAUUCACACCAAGGACUACCCGCACCGCUGCGACUACUGCACCAAGGGCUUUAGGAGGCCCUCGGAGAAAAGCCAGCACAUAGCCAGGCAUCACAAAGACAUGUUGAUGUGAUGCCAUUGGGCCACAAACACACUCCUUUUUCCUGACUAAAUCUGUGUCACAAACCCAGAGGUAAAUUUUAGUGUAUUAACAAAAAAAUGACGCCGAUGCUGUUAAUGAAGACGACACCAUUAUAAUUGCCGUUGUGUGUUCUGUGAUGUUAUGGGUGUAAACCCCCUCCCCCAGGGGUAAUGCAAGAACACGUUUUAGAUGGGGGGUGAAGACUAAAAAUAGACAGUGUGUACUCUGAGUGGGACACCUGUAAAUUGUGUUUUGUUUUGUUGCAGAAAAUCACAUAUGAACAUAUAUUCAGGGUCUCAAAUGUCUAUAUUUUUAUACCCACUCAGCUGAAAUGCUGCAAGAUGAUGACUGUGUCCUGUAAAACAGAAAGUGGUGCUUUGUGAACGUCAUGCCAGUUCUUCAGAUGAUGUGAAAUGAGCACCAGAGAAGUUUACCUCCAUAGUACCAACUAGUAUCUCUUUUCCCUAUCAACCAGCUUUUAUCCUGACAUUUGUUUUCAAUGCUAUCUGGUUUUUAGGGGUUGGCCCAUUCUUGAGUUCAUAAAUGGUUUUGAGUGAUGUUGACGCAUUACGCACCUUAAAAAGAUCUUUUAUAAAUCAAACUGUUUAACUUCCAUCAUUUUGGAUUUUCCUGCCAGGUCUGAACACUUGGAGUUCUAUUAAAUUAAUCAUGUAUAAUAUAGACUGUGUUCUGUUCAAUAUGUCUUAGAAGUUAGAUCAGAAACCUUUUCUGAUCAGUUCAGCAGUGUCCAAUGACGAUAAAUGGUGCGGUUGGUAUGUUAAUAGGAAACAAAAUCCCUUUUGUGUACACAGUACAUUUCUGACUCAGAUGGCUACUAUUGUAUCUGCUAUGGGGGCGGCUGUAGCUCAGUGGGGUAAGAGGGCCGUCCUGCAACCGCAAGGCUGUGGGUUCGAUCCCCGCUCUCCCCAUUAGUUGCAAGUCGAAGUGUCCUUGAGCAAGGCACUGAACCCCCAGUUGCUUCCCGGGCGCAUCACUGCAGCCCACUGCUCCUUAAAAACUAAGGAUGGGUUAAAUGCAGAGAACUAAUUUCCCCUUGGGGAUUAAUAAAAGUGUAUAUUUAUUUAUUUUAUGAUGGUGGUGAAAGUUCACAGGUGUAUUAGUCUAUGAACUUGACAGAUGGUUGGCUUUGCGACUCCCACUGUAAGUUGGAUAUGUGUAAUGUUACCUAUGGCACAGGUGUGCUUGAUCAGUUAACAAUUUGAUUGCAAUCAUGCCGUACAUCUGUUGGUCUUCACCCCUUAAACACUGAUGAACACAGCCAAUCCCAAAACAAGUGAUUUUUUAACUCAAACAUGCUGUAUCAAUACCUUUCUCUCUGAGAUUGUGCAUUUGAGUCAGUAGAAAGCACUUUAAUUAUUUGUUAUAUAUAUUUUAAUUACGUGUGUGUACAUAUAUAUAUAUAGAUAUAGACAUAUCGGUGUAUAUAUAUAUCAUGUGUAUAUAUAUCAUAUAUGUAUGUGUAUAUAUAUAUAUAAACAGAAAGCCUAGAUAAUAAACAACUACAGAGUUUUGCAAGUUGGUAAAGAUUAUUAUCUCAAGCACGAUCCAUUACUUCAUCAGAACUGAAUUCACAUUGAAGUGGUCAACCAUUUAUUGUUUUAUUCUAUGGAAAAGUAAUCUGGUUUUGUGUUUUGUUUGUGUUCACUAACACGUUUACCAGACCCUUGUCCUGCAGUCCUAAAUAAUCAGCCCAAUCCCAAACAUUGGAUUAUUCCCUUGAAGUCAUUGGUCAGAAUUAAUCUUUAAAGUAUGCACAUAUGCUGUCUCCAUGAAAUUCAUUAUGGUAUAUAUUAAAAAUCCCCCGCAUUAUGUA